CAAAUAAUUUGAGGGCAGGUAUGUUUGGUGUAUUGGUAGAUUGGUUUGAGUGGGUGCCUGACAUGCCAUGGCUUGAUAUUCCAUAUUGUAUUCUCAUGGCUGUGUUUCUUCGAGAGCACAAAGGGAGCAUAAAGUUUGCAGUAAACCACCCUAUUGCAUCCCUUGUGAUCCUCAUCCUCUACGUACAAGCUAAUGUUAUCUGUGUUCACCUCCUGCUGGGUCUGCCUCUUGUUGGGUGUCUUAACAACGCCUGGGACUCUCUGACUGCUGCUCUUUGUUGGUGGGGAGUGUUCUUCUGCCCUGGAGAUUUGUUCUACAAAGCUGUUCAGCUUAAACCAAUCCAGUUAGCGAUAGCCGUCAUCUGUGAAGCUAGGCACGCGAGGCUCGUCAUGCAUUCUUGUCAGGAAGGAAACCAAUACUUUCCUCAACACACCACUAUCAUAAUCCUUUGUGGAGUUGUUGACGGAAGUGCUGUUCGUCUGAUGAUGAGUUUGGACAGGAAGAUAAGAGGAGAAGCUGCUUGUGAAAGUGAUGGGGAAAACGAACUGAAACAAGUCACAGAAGUGACCAAAGCCUCAUUCGUGCUGGGAGUUUUCAACGCUUUGAUCCUCACGGGAAAGAUUCCUCUCACAGCUGCUGAGGGUGUGUUCUUUGGUGCUCUGUUCAUGGUCGCUCUUCUCCUCAACGAUAUUCUCCUCGGCCGAACUUCCCCCUUCAUUCCUAUUCAGGGUGCGUUUUGGAAAGUGGUUUGCUCGAAGCAUCAAAAGGUGGAAUAAAGCGCUCGCCUAAGAAGAUUGAGGACAAUAUAUAUUUAUUAUCGUAAUCAUAUACAUUAUACAUUAUACAUUAUACAGCAUGAUAACUUGGUAUGGCUGGUAUUCCUGCUAGGGAUCGUUCACAUAUUACGUAAUCACUUUAUGGACAAUUUUUAACCCCCUCCGCAAUCAGUUUUACACUAUCGUAAUUAUUUGGAAACCCCACCCCCACCCCCCCCCUCGGCUGAUUACGUAAUAUGUGAAGUGUGGACAGUAUACUAUACUUGAAGGAUUAAGAUACAAUUAUUUUUUGGGCAACAAACAACAUUACUUUAAUGCAAUUUCUCAAAUUAUGUACCAAUUGUGCUUGAAUUUUGUUUAUGAUGAAGAAUUAUGUUUCGAUGGAUAUGAAGUAAAAGUUUAUUUUUUGAAAGAUUAUUAAAUUUAAAUCUAGAAUUAUUUUGUAUGUAAUUAUAUAAAUACCGUGUAAUUAUAAAUUAUACCUGAACUGCUUCAAUAACAUACUUGUUAUAUAAAGAUUAUAAGUUACAGUUUAACAUUUAUAUAAAUUAUUAUUUUACGAAUUAUGUUCAAUUUUAGUCAACAUCCUAUCCAGCCUAUGUAUGUUGUGAUAGGCGAUAGCACAAUGACAAAUUCAUGGGCUUGAUGUUGGGCUAGUGAGCUAGAUUAUAUUUAUGAUAGUUUUUAUUAAAUUAAAUCACUUAAAAUCUACGUGUUCUAUUGAUUCUGUUUUAUUCAAGACUGCUGUAUGUACUUAAUUUGUUUUCCUGUCAA